GCAAAGAAAAUAAACCCCCUAACCCACGACAAGCACGGUCGCAAGUACGGAGACAAUGUCUCGUACGAAAACAUUAACUUGGACUACAUAGCGCGGCUGGUGGGCGAGGGUUACCCCAAAGAAAUCGUGGUCCGCGCUCUGGGCAUUACCAGAAACGACCUGGAAAUGGCCUGCGACAUCCUACACGAGUUCGGAUCUAAAGCGACCAAUAAAUGCUAGGGGUUGCGGGACUCAUUCGAAAACCGAUCCAACCAAAGCAUCUGAUUGGCAUUGUCAAUGUCCGUGACGCAUUUUUUUUAAUGGCGAUAAAUUUGACGCUGUCAUACAAAAAAUCUUAGUGUCUCAAUUUUUUUUAUCUAAAGUCGGUUUACUGACGAUAAUUGAACGCGACAACGUCAUAAGAAAAUACUGAUGGAAUGGUUUCAU